GACGAGUCAUGCUACUGCUAGUCGUGCCAGUGUGCGUUGAUUGAAUUUUCAAAAAAUACUUGGAAGUGACUGCCGCUGUGAGAUUGUACUAUUUUAUUUAUAAUGGCGACCGAAUAUCUAAGUGAAAAACACCUUCGGGGAUUUGACAAAUACAAGUACAAUGCCAAGGAUACCUCACCCCUGUCCAUCUACGUUAUGCACCCUUUCUGGAACAGUGUUGUCAAGAUUUUUCCAGAUUGGUUUGCACCCAACCUGAUGACCUUCUUGGGCUUCCUGAUACUUGUCCUCAGCUUCAUCCUCCUGUCACUUGCUGACUGGUCAUAUUACGCCUCUAGUCGUACUUACCCACAACACCCACCUGUCUCCAACCUGGUGUUUUUGAUAAUUGGAGUUGGGCUGUUUGUAGCUCACACACUCGAUGGAAUUGAUGGCAAGCAAGCAAGACGCACUAAUUCCAGUUCACCAUUAGGAGAGUUGUUUGAUCAUGGCAGUGAUAGUGUUAUCUCAUGCCUACUCCCUAUUGGGGUCUAUUCUAUAUUUGGCCGAGAUGAGAAAGAUUAUGGUGCCAACAUAUUGCUGUUAUACCUCAUCGUGUGUGUAAUCUCUGCAACAUUUUACAUCUCACACUGGGAGAAAUAUCUAACUGGUGUCAUGUUUCUGCCAUGGGCCUAUGAUUUCAGUCAACUGGCUUUGGUAGUUAUCUACAUAAUAACUAGCAUCUUUGGCUAUGAGAUUUGGAAGGGUACCUAUGCCUUUGGCUUUGAGUUUAGAUACUUGUUCGUUUUAACCACUAUGGGUGGUUCUGUAGUUCUUUCCUUGCCAAAUACCAUCUGGAACAUUUAUGUAUCCUACAGAGAUGGCACAGGCAAGAACCGUUCAUUCUUUCAUGCUGUGGAGCCUGCUAUUCCAGCUGUGUUGCUGUUCGUUGUAGCUUCCUUGUGGGCCUUUCUGUCUCCCACUGAUAUUCUACAGUUGGAACCCAGAAUCUUCUGCCUUACUGUCGGCAUCAUCAUGUCUAACAUAUGUUGUCAUCUAAUUAUUAGCCAGAUGACAGAGACCAGAGCCAAGUGUUUCAAUUGGUUACUAGUGCCAUUGAUGAUCGUAGCCACUCUAUCUGUAAGCACUAACCUGGGAUCAUUGGAGCUGUAUCUCCUGUACUGCCUGGCAGCUGUUGCACUGAUCUUACAUUUUCACUAUGCAUGUAGUGUGGUGGUUCAGCUGGCAGACCAUUUUAAUAUCUACGUCUUCUCACUUGAGAAACGUUCUCCCAAGGCUGCAAGAGUCUCCAAUGGCACCAAAUAAUGGCAGUUUGCUAGCAGUGGCCCAAUGAGAGCUAAUCAGUCAUGGGUGGAUCAUUGACAAGCUUGAUAGGCCAAAUAGUACUCUAGUAAGAAACCAACACUGUGCUGUAUGUACAUUGUAUUCACACCCAUGAGACAAAGCUCAUGCUAAGUUUGUUGAGUUUGAGUCCAUUGUGCAUUUAUAUGGCCAUGUACAAAUGCACAUGUUAUUUAUAGUUGACUCCCGGUAGUACUGAAUUGGUAACAACAAAAACCUUCAGACCAGUCUGAAUUGUGCACAUGCCUAUAUGGGGAGAAAAAUCACCAAACAAGAACACAUGCAGACAGCACAAAAACAGCGGUUAAGACAAACAUUUUUAUCAACCCAGUUUCAUGCAAACCCCUUUCACAAAAUGAACUACAAGCCUUCUUUGAAUUCAUUUUGAGAGUAAUGAGUCAUAUAUGCAGUAAUGAGUUAUGAUUAUUUAUGAUCAUUUUUUUAUUUAAAUACUUAACUUAAUGUAAGUAAAACACAACUACAUAAAUUAUAAAUAAUAAUCUAUAAAUUGCUCUGUUUAGUUUUAAAUGGAGUCAGGGAACCAGACUAUAGGAAAAUGAUUGUUUUUCUUGGUUUUUAUAGCAUCUACGAACCCAAAACGUCAAAAAGGUCAGUGUAACAAAAUUUGCUAUAUAUUACCAACCCCCCAAAUCCAUCCAUUUCUGAAAAUAAUAGCAAAAGCAAAUGAUGUAUAUUCCCUUUAAACCUCCCUCUCUCAGUGACAAGCUGUAGAGUAGUGAGUAACUCUAACAGGUUACAGUUAACAGGUCUGUAAACUGGCCUCAUGUUGGUACAAUUGACAGGUUAAAAAGGCUGCUACACAAUCUGUACAAGUAUUAAUGGGCAACCUAUCUAUCAAAUCACUUCAACAGACUUCAACAGACUUUGACGGUUUAAUCCGUAUAGGGAUUUCUGGUUGUUGAUGACCAGCCUGUACCAAGGCUAUUGAGAGAGGUAGGGGUUAGAUUUUUGACGGUUUGUGGUAGUUAUAAUAAUUAGAGGAGGAUUGAUGAAUUAUCAAGUGUCAAUGGUAGUGUAUUAUGCUUUCUCCAUUUUUUUUAUAUUGUAUUCCCAAUUUAGUGUAGAACUUCAUGGUACCAGGUAUUGAUAAGAUUAAACUUGCUAUAACCAUAAAGACAUGGUGCUUCUCAUGACAAACCUCGGUCAAGUUUAAUAUGUAAUCACAUUGUGUGUGUACGUCUAUUGGUAAAGCAUGGAAUGGGCAUGUAACCUGAUAAAUUGCUCUGAAAUUCAUUGUUAUUUAAGAUAUGUAUGUAUUUGACAUUGAUGUCAUUGCUGUUUUGCAGCAACAAAGCUUGAGGGAUGGCAAUGCUAGACUGAGUUUAGUCCCAGCAGUCAUGACAGUCUUCGGCUGCUCCAACUCACUUGUCUGGAGGUACUGUGUAGAUCUUUGACAAUAAGCCAUUAGUGAGUGACCUAUACCCUUUGGGAUUUACAUUUGAAAAACCUCUGGUACACUGACUUGCUCAGAAUGCUUGGCACAUUUUAACUUUGAAUUCUCCAGACCAAAGACAUUGUUGCUAUUAAAUCACAUGAUACGCGGCAAGCUCUUGCAUAGUUCGUAAGAGACGAUCAGCAUCAAUACAUUGUUCACAAUGGGUGAGAAUGGCACAAAGACACCAGACCAUGCCGGAGCUGGUGGUUGCUAGCAUAAGGCUGGCCCCGAAUCUUUGGACGAGAGAAUGCAAAGUUAAACAUGCAAAGCAUGGGAUUAAGUCAGCAUUCCAGAUUGUAUUGCAAAUGGCUCAUUACAGGCAAGUAGGAACAUGAUGAUAAUGAACAAAGGAGCGGUUCUGAACAGCUGUUUGAACACAGAUCAUGAACAGCCUCAGACACUGCAUGCUGAAGUAUGAAUCGCUGUGUUGCCAUUGUCAAUGUUCACUUUGUUUGCUACCGUAUAUUUAUUAUGUAA